AUGAUGUUAACAUACAACCCUCAGAUGUUAUUAUCCGAAAUGAAGCCCACAGUCUCCACGAUGGCUGCCGUUUUAGCUGUGCUGACGUUCCACGUUGUAACGGUGCCGUCACAGGGCACGGAUGAGAAGCUUGCUCAAGAGAUGAAGUGUUUGAACGUGAUCCCUUCAAAUCAGUGCAACUUGGAGGUAACUUAUGGGUCACCGGUGGGAACCCUGCAGUGCGACCAGAAGGUUCCCCAAACUCAAGGCAACACACUAACUGUGCCCCCUGUGCUGACUGUUUCUCCAGGGAUAGGCACAAUACGCAGAGUUGUCAUGGUCAUGGUUGAUCCAGAUGCUCCUGUGUCCAAAACGGAAGGAUUCGUCCACUGGAUUGCUGAUGCAACGGUUGAUCCGGCCGGCAGCGUCAUAACUGGAACAGAAUACAUAGACUACUACCCACCGACGCCUCCCAUAGGUCACGGCGAGCAUCGCUACCAGUUUUUCUUGUACAGGCUACAGGAUGAUCAGUCUCUCAACGUCAGCAAAAGCCGCAAGUUCAGCCUGUGCUCUUUCGUGGACAAGAACCAACUCGGCAAACCAGUGGCUGCAACUCAGUUCCGGUUUGAGCGUCUCCAAACUGAAUGA